AUGUCGUACGACUACCUCUUCAAGCUUCUCCUCAUCGGUGAUUCCGGUGUUGGAAAGUCUUGCCUUCUGUUGCGAUUCGCCGACGACACAUACACCGAGUCCUACAUCUCCACCAUCGGUGUCGACUUUAAAAUCCGCACGAUAGAGCUCGAUGGAAAGACGGUGAAGCUGCAAAUCUGGGAUACUGCCGGUCAGGAGCGUUUCCGCACCAUCACUUCCUCCUACUACCGUGGUGCCCACGGCAUCUGCGUCGUCUACGAUGUCACCGACAUGGACUCUUUCAACAACGUCAAGCAAUGGCUCCAGGAGAUCGACAGAUAUGCCACCGAGGGCGUCAACAAGCUGCUCGUUGGCAACAAGAGCGAUAUGUCCGACAAGAAGGUUGUCGAGUACACCGUCGCCAAGGUCAGAAUACCCCCGCCGGCUGUUGAGGCGACACAUUGCCCGACAACUCCCACUCGGACUGAAUUCGCCGACAGCUUGGGCAUUCCCUUCCUUGAAACUUCUGCAAAGAACGCCAGCAACGUCGAGCAGGCUUUCCUGACCAUGGCCCGCCAGAUCAAGGAGCGCAUGGGUAGCACGACCGCGAACAACACGAAACCCUCCGUACAGGUUGGCCCUGGCCACGGUGUCUCCUCGAACUCGGGAGGUGGCUGCUGCUAA